AUGAAGGCCAAUCUGGUAAUUCCUCCGUUCAUUCUUGUGCAUAUUUUGCUACUUAAGGCUGUAGAGUGUCGAUCUCUGCUGUCUGUAGAUCCACCCCGAGAGCAGCUGACGAGGACACGACGCGACGACGUCGACGAUGAUUAUGAGGAUUACGCUGAAUCGACCUCUAUAGAUUUAAUGUCAGCGACAUUGAGUGCCGAUGAAAUGCGUCAGUAUAUUUUACCAGCCAGUUUACCAAUGUCACCGGAAUCCGAGGAAUCCAUUCAACUAACGGACCAAUCUAAUCAUGCUCCGGAAUAUAUGAUGGAGCUGUAUAAACAAUAUUCCUCCAAACGACUUGCCAGUCCGGAAUCGUCCAUAGUCCGGAGUUUCACCAAUAUCAAUCAGGGCGAAGGUAAGCUACCAUUAUUUCCGCCUAUUUGUACAUCGGCUACGUUGACGGCGCAACAAUCCAGGGUACAUACGAUGAUUUUCAACAUCACCAGUAUAUCUCUCGAGGAGGUAGUUGACCUUGCGGAACUCCGACUCUUUACCUUGGUAGAAAAGGAUCGAAACGCAUAUAUAGGUGUGGACAGGAAAGUGUCCGUGUUUGAGGUCAUCCCUGCGAAUGACCAACCGUAUAAACUAGUAAAUUCAAAACAUAUAUACGGCCGUAAUAGCAACUGGGAGACGUUUGACGUCACUUCGGCGGUGAAACGGUGGGUAAACGAUGUCACUUCUGUACAAAUAUUAGAAAUUAGAAUAGAAAAUGUCUUUCACAGUGUUAGUUUUGGUGAGUUAGAUAUUGACGCUCGUCCUAAAACUAGGACGGAACCAUUGCUAGUGGUAUUCUCCAGUGAAUAUAGUAAGAGACGGCUUCACAUGAAGGAGAGACACGAAAUGGUCACACAUGAAAUGGACUCGUUUGACCUCAUGGGGGAUCUAAAUGGCACACAGGCUAACCAAUCAGAAUCAAAUACAUUACAACAACGUUUCAAACGAAAGGCAAACAAGAAGGGGACAGUGUGUCGUCGGCGCCCUCUAUACAUACAAUUUAGUGAUAUAGGCUGGGAUAGAUGGAUUAUCGCCCCUCAGGGCUAUCAGGCCUACCAAUGUGCCGGGAAGUGCUUUUUCCCGUUCAGUGACUACCUAUCUCCUACGAAACACUCUAUAAUACAAACGCUUCUGAAUUCUAAAAACCCUAAGAAGGCAAGUAGAGCGUGUUGUGUUCCAACAAAACUGGAUUCUAUUUCUAUUCUUUAUGUGGAUGAAAUGGGAGUUGUAACUUUUAAGUACACAUAUGACGGAAUGGUAGUUAAGGAAUGUGGCUGCAGGUAA